GAUGGAUAACUAAAGACUGCACGCAGAGUCAAAACAGACUGACACACAAGAAUUUGUGCCACUAAACUUGGAUAAACUGGGGCACUAAGAUGCCCAAAAGCGAUACCUGGCCUGGUGGCAUUGGAUUGGAGACGAUGACUGGCAUGGACAGUGCUGGUAGCUGUGACAGCGUUCUCAGCGCCAAUUCUGGCUUUAGUGAUGAUAGUCUGGAGUACCUGUCUGCUGAAGAGAAGGCCUGUCUCAUGUUUUUGGAGGAGACUAUCGACUCUUUGGAUACUGAGGAGGACAGUGGACUGUCCAAUGACGAACCUGACCAACUGCCCAGCCCUGGCAACGUUGCUAACAAACUGGCUGACCUGUCGGCCUCCAUGAACAAAAGCAAGCUCAACACUUCACAGAAACAGGCAUCUACGGAACCCAUACAGGAAUGUGCUGACACCAAACCCAUGCAGAGCUACCUGGUUCCUACACCUUUUGUUGUGGCAAGCAGCUCUCCAUGUUCUGUACUAAAUGCAAAGACGGGUGUCCCUCCAGACAAAAACCUCAGCUCUAAGACUCCUUUCACUCCUCAAAGCAACAAACCUGACAACAAACACAACCAGAAACCUCCCCGAGUACCUUUGGAGGUUAAUGUUGUGAUACCUCCUCCCACCAAACCCAGAGACUACUCGGUUAGGAAAGCUGAAGGUUUACCUCGAGGUCCUCUGUCCUAUGAGGCACUUGUUCAUCUGCGGAGGAGUGCCUCCACGAAGAAGACGCCUCUCUGUCCAACAAUUGAUCACACUAUAGAGUCGGACAAGCACCUUCAUGUCACAUUCGAAGGCCCAAACCGCGGAAAUCCUCCAAGAUCUGACAGAUCCCACUCAGAGGCUUAUAAGGCUAUGGCUGGUCCUCCGGUUGUUGGUCCCAAACCCAAAAAGAUUCCUGCCAACAUAUCGGUGAAAGCAAAAAAUGAAGCAUCCCUAACUUCAGACUCUUCAUACGAUAUCAAGAAUGCAAAAGAUCCCAAGGUUGUCAGACUGGAAGCUUUGCAGAAGCUGGGUCUCCUGAAAGACCAACAGCCGGAAAAUGAAUCAGAAGCCCAACGGCUCCCCCUUAAAUCUCACUCCUCUCUGGACCCGACACCCAACAGAUUGACAAGAGGUCCAUCUAAUCAUAAUCCAUCAAGAAGCCCAUCAUUUUGUCAUUCUCAAGUUCCCACAGAGCCCAAGAACAAGCCUCUGCAGAUCAGCGCCAGUUUCCAUAACUACUCCAGACCUGACCAACAGCCUUUGCCUGUAUCAGAUCCCGCCCAAUCCAAUGGAUCGAAGGCAGCUGGUCUGGAGCGCUCUGCCACCCUGGACAACCACAGAAACGGUGGAAACACUCAGCCCGGGUCCCGCAAACCCUCAAACUCAGUCGGGUAUUCGGUGAUGGUGGUGCCUGGGAUGGGAGCGGAUCGAAAAGAAGCACUCAAAAAGCUUGGACUGCUCAAAGACUAA